AGCUGUUUGCUAUAACAACGCUCUGCUCGUCACAGAAGGUCGUUGACAUGACAACGUACACCAUCACCAUCGGCGCAGCUGGUUUAGCCGCCGGCGCAGCGGCAGUAGCGGUAGCCGGCGCCGUUGGGCUAGGCCUAGCCGGAGUAGCAGCGCUGUUUUCCCGGCGGGGAGGGACCAGAAGGAAGAACAAGAAGCACCAGAAGAAGACGUACUCUAGAUAUGGCCGCGAAGACGAUGACGGGCAAGACAAUCUCAAGAGAAUGAUGGAGCUGAUCAGGCGAGAGGAUGUGACGGGAUGUGGACUGAGGCUGAUGUGUGAACUGGCAGCAGAAAAUCCACGCGAUCUCAUCGACGAGGAGAUGGCCAUUCUCGAUCUUGUGGGGGCACCGCUCACUCCAGGAGAGGACAUCAGGGGGCUUGGAGCUCUCGGGGAGUACCGGGAGGCUAAAGCCUUAGGCCUAAGUCACGGCAGUUGCGGGAAGACCUACUUCAUGUGUCCUCUGAAUGGCACUCAGCUCAUGGAGACUGUCAUGGGAUUCUUACCUUGAGGGAGCACUGACGCCUAGUUCGGAUUUCUUAGUCUUUAUUUCUGAUUGAUAUAAAUGUCUUUCUGCACGCAGUCUGACACAGUUUAUGCACGUACGUAGUCUGUGUAAAUAAAGGUAUGUUAAGCAUUAAUG